AUGUCUAUAUCCGCGACCGGAACAAACACUUUUAAACCAGUCCACACCAUCGUUUCCACACCGGUGACCAUAGUUUUGACCGGUGGUCUUCUCUUCAUCAUUUUGACCGGUUUCUUCUCCUUCUUCUUCUGUGGAUCCUUUUUCAAGAAAGUCUUAACCAUUAUGAACAACCAUCGAAACCGAAACCGUCCCAGUGACCUAAUCCAACCGUCUAUUCCACCUGAAAACGCCGGUCUCGACACCAAGAUCAUUGAAUCUUUCCCUGAGUUUCCUUAUUCUGUUAAAGAUCGUGGCAUGGAUCAAUGUUCCAUUUGCUUAACAGACUUUACGGAUAAUGACACCAUGAGGCUCAUUGCAACUUGUAACCACUUCUUUCACACGAUCUGCAUCGAUCUUUGGUUUGAAUCACAUAAGACUUGCCCUGUAUGCCGGCGUGAGCUUGAUGUAGACCAGACCUUGCAAGAAAAGCCGCUUGCUGUUCCUGAAAUCGAUCUUGUUAGAUCCGAAAGCCACGAUGAGCCUCCUUUGUCCCGCGACACAUUGACGAUCAUCGUUCACGAGGAAGAUCCUACUACUACUACUAUUGGUAGUUUAGAGCAGACAGACGAAAUCGAAAGCUACGAAAGACGUAUGAGAGAAUCGAAUUUGCGGUUUUGGAGGUCACAUUCUACUGGACAUUCUAUUGUAGUUAAGUCCGAAAACGAGCAACGAGAAGAAGAAGAAGAGAAAGAAGAGAUUAAGAUACAUAUUGAGAUUUCUGGAGAGUGUCAAUUUGAAGAUCACAAGAGGACUUUACCAAACAGAAAGCUGUAUUGCGUUAGGGGAACUUACUCCGUAGGAUAA